AUGGUUCCCGGCAGAGGCCUCGCCAGCCUGCGUGCCACCGCGUGUCCCGCAGAGCCCACCUCGGUGUCGCGCUGUGCGUCCCCAGGGGUCUCGCGCCUGGCGCCCGGUGCCUGCGGACCCUCCCUCCCGGCGGGGACGCUGCCCCGGCCCUUCCCCAGCCGGGGGCUGUGCCCCGGGUUUGGGGGAAGUCGAAGUGAGGGGCGGCUUAAAGGGGAGUGCGAAGGUCUCCGCGGCCACUGUCCCCUCGCGUCACCCAAGCCCGGGCGCCGCCAGCUUGGACCCCGCAGCCCCUCCCCCGCCGCGGGCCACACCUGUUACCGGGCGCUGGCUGCUGAGACGCAGGCGGUGCGCGCCGGCGGCCCCUCCCGAUGCUGGGUCUUUCUGGAAGGGAGCUGGGGUCUCCGGGGAGGGGACCCGGCGGGGGAGGGGGUGAUGGGCAGCCCGGCGGUGCGACGAAGCGGGUGGCCGGGCCCCAGAGCCGCAGCCCCUGCCCCGCCCGCCUGUUUUGCUCCCGGCUCCAGCAUCCGCUCUCCCCCACGCGGGGACCGGAGCAGCUGCCUGCGCCCGGCCGCCCUGCGCGCUCUCGGCCUCCCAGGUGCCGCGUCCGCGUCCUCAGCCCGGCUCUCCAUCCCUGCCCGCCCCUCCCCCGCCGUCUGGGCGCAGCCCCGCCGACCGCUCCUCUCCAGGGGAGCGGGAUCGCCGGGGAGGGGCGGGGGUCUCCGGAUCCCGCGGGCCGGGCGCGCCCUCCCCAAGGCGAUCCCCGCCCCCCUGAGCCCAGGGCCCGGCUGCAGCAGCGAUCGCAGAAAGAGCCUUUCCGAGCGGCGCCUGGAGGGCGGACACCCCAGAAUUUCGCCAUUGUUCUCUGCGGGGAUGGAGGGCGGUCUGGAAGGGAAGGAGCCUCGCGGUGCCCGCGCUUCGGGCCGCAACGAGGGCGCCGGCCGGAGCUCCCCGCCCCGGGCGCGGUGGAUGCAGAGCCCGCAGACGAGGAGGCGCUUCCUUAGCUGUGCCACGCCAGCCCAUGGGCAUCGUGGGCAUCGGUGAGAAGGCUCUCUGGGCAGCUCUCUGUGGUCACCAGUGCCGUCCCACCCAGGAGGAUCCUGCAGCUCCAUAACAGUCCCCGUGAUGGCUUCCCCAUGGUCCAGGCCAUCCCAAGGUGGGCAGGAGAGCAGGACUAAACUGUGUGUCUCUCGUCGGCCCCCUGCCCUGGCUGCAGCCUCCACCCACUUCACAGACCUCGUCUGUUUUUCUGCUGGGAUCCUUCACACAGGCCCAGUGACAGAACGUGAGGGGCCUGAUGCAAAAUGAAAUAAAGUUGCCUCGUUCAAAAGCCCGGCAAAGUGCAGUUAAAGGUGCUGAAGAUACAGCCCUCUUCCUCCCUCCCCCACGCGCUCCUGGCUGGCCACGGUGUUUACUUGCUCUUUAAUGCCAUUCUCAGCAAAGAAAAAUUAAAACGUUAAGUUGCUAGCAUGAAUCUUGCUCUUCGUCUUUCUAUGGUAGAAUGCCAGUUUUAAAUGCAGAUAGAAGAGCUUUCAACUCAGACACCAAAUCACUGAAAUCAUUCAGCUCAGAUUUCGCAGCUCGUCCGUGUGUCUUCUGUUCUCAGCAGAACAAUGGAGACCACGCACGACACUCACUCGCCCGCUUCUAUGUCACUUCCUGAUGC